AUGAACAAUGCCACUGAGAGGAAUGAUUGUUAUUCCAACUUAAGUGGCAUUUUAAAAGAAAAUGACAAAAUAACCUCUAAAGAUUUGGCAGGAAGAAUAAUCUUUUUGUCACAGACUGUCAUUGGUGUCCUGGGAAAUUUUCUUCUCCUUUUAUAUUAUAGUUUCAUUUUCCAACAUGGAAGGAAGGUAAGACUCACAGACGUAUUUCUGAAGCAACUUUUUAUAGCCAACUCCUUAGUUCUUCUCUCUGGAGGAGUUCCUCAAACAAUGGUAGCCUUCAGGUUGCAAUACCUUUUCAAUGAUACUGCAUGUAAAUGUCUCCUCUACAUUGAUGGAGUGGGAAGGGGGAUGUCAAUUGGUACCAUCUGCCUCUUGAGUGUCUUCCAAAACAUCAUUAUCAGCCCCAUAAACUCUUGUUGGAAGGAUGUUAAAGGUAAAGCUCAAGAAUAUAUUGGUUUCUCCAUUCGCUACUGCUGGAUCCUUAAUAUCUUGACCAAUUUAAUUGUUCGUCUGUAUGCAUGGUAUUCAUCAGUAAAUGGUUUUGACAGAAUCAUCAAAAAGAAAGUAGAUAUAGGAUACUGCUGUCUUGUUGAUUAUGGAGUGGCCAUUGGUUCCAUCUAUACAGCAUUAGUAACUUUCCCUGAAGUUUGUUUUUCUCUGCUUAUAGUCUGGUCCAGUGGCUCUAUGAUUUUCAACCUGUACAGACACAAGCAAAACGUCCAGCACAUUCAUAUGUCCAGUACUUUCUUAAAAUCUCCUGAGUCCAGAGCCACACAAAGCAUCCUUUGUCUGGUGGGCACCUUCAUAACUUUUUACACUGUGUCCACAAUCAUUCGAAUUUUUAUUACUUUAGCUUAUAGUGUCAGUUUGUGGUUGGUGAGUGUUUCUGAUGUAAUUGCUUUGUGUUUUCCAACUGUCAGCCCUUUUCUCAUCAUGAGCCUCUAUUCCUCUAAGCAUUGGCACUGCUUUUCCUGCACAUAA